CUUGCGCUUCACAGCCGGAGCGAGGAGAUGGCUGUGUGGCAGAUGACGGCUGCUGACCAUGCCGCGUUUGGGAGAGAUGAAGAAUCAGUGCUGCUCCUGGAGAGGACCCAUCACCAGCAUGAUCCGCGCUGGUUACUGCCGGUGUCCCCUCACGUCUGCUUGGCCUGCGCACUGGAGCUGCUGCCGGAACCCGGCGUGUCGUUGGUGCGCAAGAAGCAUGUGUUGUCCUGCUUCCAAGAUGCCCUCGUGAGGCACACCUCCUUGGUCACACAGCUGGUAGCUCAGGACCAGAGAGUCUGCAUCCAUUUUGUACGCGUGCUUUUUGGACUGUUAAGCCACGUGGAAGACGGGAGUGCUGCCGAGCUCUGUAUUGAAGUCCUUAUCCAGCUCACCACGCAGCUGAAGCAGGAGCAGACCAUCCAGUGCCUGCUGAAUGAGUGUCGCAGAGAGCUGAGUGACAUGCCGUCCAUGGGAGGCAGCCUGGCCACCAUGACUCUUCUUGGCAAGUUGGUGGACGCCAUUCCUGGUUUGGAGAAUAAGCUUGUAACGGGGCAUGGCAACCUGAUGGAGCAUUUGCUGAGAGGCUUGGUCUACCCCAAUGAGGGGGUGCAGGCCUCUGUCUGCUACCUCUAUGGGAAGUUCUACUCCUCGCCCACGGUGGCUGAGAUGCUCUCAGGACAUUUCCGGGAGAAGCUGUGUCCCCUCUUCCUUUCCACCCUGGACAAUGCCCAGACAAAGGACCUACAGAUCAACUGUUUGGGUUUGCUGAGGCAGCUGCUGAGGUACGAUCUCUUUGUGUCGGUGAUCAUGGACAAGUCUGCGCUGGCAGAGGGCCCUGAGUGUGCUGAGCGGCCAUCAAGAGAGACCUCGCUGCCUUUGGUGCUCAAAAAGCUUCUACUCUCCAGAGAUGAGAUUCUGCAGGUGGCCAGCUCCCACUGCAUCACCGCAGUGCUGGUCCACUCCCCUGCAAAGUAUGCUGUUGCCUUCAUUCACGCUGACAUCCCAGAGUUCCUCUUUGAGCAUCUUUCAUCUUCCAGCGAAAUGCUUGUCUGGUCCUGCUACAACUGCCUGAUACUCCUGGCAGAAGAACCGCUCUUCUUCUCCACCUGUCACACCGUGUACGGGAUCGAGGCAGUGGUCAGGAGCCUACAGGGAGGCAUGCAGAUGACCAACACGGAACUGCACAAGCAGGGCCUGCUGCUCUUCGCUGAAAUUCUGACUCGGCAGCCAGAAGAGAUCAGGCUGUUCACAAGCUCAGCCAUGUGCAGAGACGCCAGCCGCACCCUCCAGGAGGCGGUGAGCAGUCCUGUGUUAGAUGUAGCCGCCGAAGCACUGAGAGCCAUUUCAGCUUUUCUGAGGAAGGACCAUCAGAGCUCUCUGCCUGUGCAAUACGGGGCGCUGCGGGCCUUGCUUGAAGCCAUGCUGGAUCGAUGUGUGGAGUUUUCCCAGACCCCUCUGAACAGGAGGUCCCUGGGCCACGCUUGCAGCAGAAACUCAGAGAAGGCCACUCUUCGGAAGGGGAAAUUCCUCCUGAGCACUCUGGAGGGGUUUAGAAACGCCUGCAGGUUGGCUGUGGAGUUCCAAGGUGAGCCUUCCGCCCAGGAGAAUCCCUUCACAGCGCCCAGCGCAGAGAAGGAAGACACCUUGGAGGCCUUCUCAGAAUUUCUUCUCUGUGCCUGUGACUCCCAGUGUAUCCCUAUGAUGAUGAGGUACUCGGAGGAAGCCACGCACCCAAACCUGAUGGAAGUUUUCCUCUCGAUUCUGCACAGCCUCUUUGUCAUCGUGCCCCACAUGAAGGUGAAGUUCUCCAAGAAGCUUGCUGACUCGUCAUUCAUACGACUGACCCUGGAGCUGAAGGCCAGGUUCUGCAGUGGCCAGAGUCACUCAUCCCUAAACCAGGUGUGUUCCAGUUUCCUCUACUACCUGUGCCUCAAUCUCCUCAUGGCUCUGGAGAACACAGAACCACCCUCCCAAGAAGAGCUCUCUGCAGUGUCUGAGUUCCUACAGCACGGGCUGCCCCAGAUAAGCAGCAGGACCCCAGAAAGCCUUGCCCUCCUGUCAGACCGCCAGUACGUGGAGGCAGCUGCACGUCAGAGGCAGUUCUGCAUUCUGCUCCUCUUCUACCUGGCUCACACCCAUGAUGACAGGUUUGUCCCCGAAGCAGAGUUAUUUGUGGCUGUGCAGAGCUUCCUUUUGUCUCUGCAGGACCAGGGUGAGUGCCCCCCACCAGUGGUCUUCAGAGCCGCCAUCUAUCUGCUGGCAGUGUGCCAGGACAAGGACAGUGUCCUGGGUGAGUCUGUGGUCAGCGCAAUCAGGAAAUUCCUAGAGGGCCUCUCAGACCUGCACCUGGUCUACACGCACCACCCGCUCCUGCUCAGGCUCUUCCUGGUGUAUCCAGGAUUGAUGAGUAGGUUUGGGUACCGGGUCUUGGAACUUUGGUUCUCUUGGGAAGAGAGCAGCUAUGAGGACCUAGGUGACGACGACGCAUCUCCGGGGCGUACCAUCUUCCCUGCCAACUUAACAGCCCUGUUCCAAAUGCUCAGAAGCGCGCCCAGCACCCUACUCAUUUUGCUGGACCUCGUCUAUUCCAGUGCCAUGGGCACAGCGCGCAAGGUGCUCAUUGUCCUGAGGACCUUCCUGCAGGAGAAUGAAGACGUGGAAGUGGGCGGUCUCAUUCGAGGCCACUUCCUGCUCAUCCUGCAGCGCGUGCUGGUGGAGUAUGGAGCUCCCACGUCGGGAGCCUCGGGGAACCUGCCACUGCUGCUGAACCUCCUGUCCUUGGUGCAGCUGAGGAACGAGUCGGAGCAAGACCUGGACAGCAUGGCCAUGAAGCUGCUUCAUCAAGUGAGCAAGCUGUGCGGGAAGUGCAGCCCCGCAGAUGCGGACAUCCUGCAGCCCUCCUUCAAUUUCUUGUACUGGAGUCUUCAUCGGACCACACCCUGUAGCCAGAAAAGAGCUGCUGCUGUACUGCUGAGCAGCACAGCCUUGAUAGAGCUUCUGGAGAAGAUGCUGGCCCUCACCUGGACAGAAGCAGGCUCUCCCAGGACUUCACUGCUCUGCUCUGCCUGGCUGCUUACAGCCUCCUUCUCUGCGCAGCAGCACGAUGGCAAUUUGCAGGUCCAUCAGACGCUAUCUGUGGAACUGAACCAAGUGCUGAAGGCUCUCAGUUUUCCAAAGAAAAGGUCUGCGUUGCUGUCAGCUGCCAUCCUGCGAUUCCUGCGGACAGCCCUGCAGCAAAGCUUUUCCUCUGCCUUGGUGGCCUUGGUACCCUCAGGGGGUCAACCACUGUGCACUCCUGAGGACACUGUCCUAGCUCCACUGGGCACAUCACAAGUGCUGUCCCUGCUCGUCGGGCUCCAGAACCUUCUGGUGCAGAAAGACCCUCUCUUAUCUCAAGCCUGUAUAGGCUGUCUGGAAGCCUUGCUCGUCUACCUGCAUGCCAGGAGCCCAGACAUUGCACUCCAUGUGGCUUCCCAGCCCUGGAAUCGGUUCUUGCUGUUCACCCUCUUGGAUGCUGGAGAGAACGUCUUCCUCAGACCCGAGAUUCUGAGACUUAUGACUGUGUUCGUGCAGUACCGGAGCAGCAGUGUCCUCUCUUGUGAAGAGGUGGGCCUUAUUUUGCGAAGUGCAGCUUUGGCUGACCUGUCAGUUCUCUCCAUUGAUACGCUGCGGGCUCUGCAUGGCUUCCUCCUGCAGGUCCAGAGCAUGGGCCUCCUGACUGACCACAGUACAAUCCAGACCUUGCAGGCCUCCUUGGCGGGCCUUUGCUCCGGCACCUUUCCAGCCCAGCCACCCCUUCAAGACAUGCUCUGCCUUGGAGGUGUGUCUGUUUCCCUGUCCCACAUCAGAGACUGAGCCUUAGGACAUAAAGGCCCAGAAACAGAAACAACUGAGACCUGUAGACUUAAUUCAGGACAUAAUUGUUGAGGGGAAAAUGACAAUCUCAGUCCUUCGUCUGGAGC